ACGCGCGCGUUUGGCCGGGCGAACAUCCCGCUGACUUCCUUUGUGACCUGCUUGGCCUGUGCAUUCCCACGCCCAGCAUCCCCAUCCAGAUCCCCAUCGGCUCCCCAGGUUCCGCGCCCGCUUGCAAGAGUUUCUCUCAGAGCCACUCACACGAUCACGAUGGGUAUUCCACGCCUCGUCCCUGUCCUCUCCUCCAAGCUAGGAGCAGCUUUGAACUCCAAGCAGUCCUCUUACGACGGUCUUCUUGUCAUCUACUCGAAGCUCUCCUCGCUCCUUCCGGGCACAAAGUCGGCGGCAUUGUCACCACUCGCCUCCGCCAUCCAGUCAUUCACACAGGUGGACGCUUCCGCCGCCUCGUCAGUUGUUGUAAUUCCGACCUCCGAGGCUCCCGGCAACCGACUUGUGCUGAGCCCUACCGGGUCUCUACUCGGCGAUGUGGACGAUGUACGACGCUUCACAGACGCUGCACGCAAGGGUCUGGCGAGAUGUCGCGCCGCCGGUUUAUCCAAGCCCCUUGUCCUCCUCGCGGACCCUUUCCAGGAUGUUCUCACGGGAAGCACCCAAGUGACACGUGCCAAGCGAGACUACUCCAAAUACAUUGAGGUGACUCUCCUAGGCUUGCUGGCCGAGGCCUACGUGCCGUUGCAAGCCCGGGAGCACUUUUCUGCUUUGGGAAAGCCGGCGGAAACCAUUGAGGAGAUCGGUGUGGCGGUCGAAAGAACCGAACCAGACUCGGAAGAGGUUGUGGACUGGGCCGUCCGGUUCGCGACUGCUGUGGAAGAAGGGCGGCGGUUGGCAAAGGACAUUGGAGGCGCUGACCCGGAGAGGAUGACCCCUCUUCGCGCGGCUGCUUACAUUGAGGAUGCUUUCAAGGGCAGCGAUGUCGCAGUCACUGUUACCAAGGACCUCGAAGUCAUCAAGAAGGAGUAUCCUCUCUUGCACGCCGUCACGCGGGCCUCUCUUCCAGUAGAAAGACACCACCCCGCCGUGGUACACCUGGAGUACCACUCUUCUGAUGCGUCCGCCGUAAAGGAGAAUGUGUUCCUCAUCGGGAAAGGUGUCACCUACGACACAGGAGGCCUCGACAUCAAAGCCGGCGGAGUAAUGCGGGGCAUGUCCCGCGACAAAUGCGGCGCCGCGGCAUGCGCAGGUUUCCUCAAGACAGUCUCCCUCCUCAAACCCAAGCACGUCAACGUCAUCGCGGAUCUCGGCUUCGUCCGCAACUCCUGCGGAUCGGACGGAUACGUCUCGGAUGAGAUCAUCGUUUCGCGGGCCGGUGUUCGCACCCUGCAAGGAAACACCGACGCCGAAGGACGUAACGUCAUGACGGACCUGCUGUGUGCAGCUAGGGAACGCGCCUUGCUGCCCCGAUAUGCGUCUGUGCCUUCAAGGUGCUUGACUGUCGCCACUCUCACUGGCCACGUAAUCCGCGCGUAUGGAGUCGGUUACGGCGCUGCCCUGGAUAACGGACCCGCCCGUGAAGCAGGCAUCGCCGAGCGCGUGCUCAAAGCCGGUCAUGCCCUCGGCGAUCCGUUCGAGCUUUCUACUCUACGUCGUGAGGACUACCAGUUCGUCGCCCCCGGCGCGGUAACCGAAGACGUUGUCCAAGCCAACGAUAAGGCCUCCACGAUGACCUCCCGUGGCCACCAAUUCCCCGCCGCCUUCAUGUCCAUCGCGUCCGGCAUCUCCAAGCACGGUCUGGACUCUGAACACCCGGUGUCGUACACGCAUCUGGAUGUUGCGGGGUGUGCGGAGGAGGGAGGGUCUGGGUUGAGUUUGGCGCAUGUUACGGGGUCGCCGGUUGCGGCCUUGGUGGGUGCCUUUUUGAUUUAGGGGCUUAGAAGGGACGUGGACAUUUGGUAGCAUAGACGGGAGCUCAGGCCUAUGUAGUUUCUAUAUGAAUAGGGCGUAGCUAGUUCGCUCUUGUCUUCAAUCAUCAAGGGUCCGCGGGAAUGGGACUCGUAGCGGCGUUGCUUUGAAUUUGCAAUAUCAUCGUUAGGACUGAAUUUGGAGAAAAAAAAUCUGAUAUGACGGCGC